AUGUCGGGCUCACCUCCUCCUCCUCCUCCCCCGACGCCUCCCCACACGUCUCCCCGCACGACCGCCCGCACGACCGCCCAUGCCUACGCCAGUAACGGGCUCCAGAUACUCCAAGCCGCCAGCGAUGCCGCCCACGCGAUCCGUGAUCCUCAGACCCUUCAACAUGCUGCCGCUGCCGCUGCCGUUGCGGCCGCGGAGGCCAUCCAUCAGUCGCCCAACCAGGGCAGCUUGCCUCCCACGCCGAGCGACAUGACGGGCCACCUUGUCGCCGGUCCGGACGGCGUGAUGCGAGAUCCGACGAUCAACCCAAAGUUGACACGCCUGCGACGCGCUUGUGAUAUGUGCAGCAUGCGCAAGGUCAAGUGUGACGACACCGACGUUCCCUGCCGUCCCUGCCGCGAGCUGGGUGUCGAGUGCACAUACAAUCGGGAGACGAAGCGUCGUGGUCCCCCGAACAAGCAUGCCGAAGCCGCAAAGGCAGCCAAGCGUGCUCGCAUCGAGCACACUGUUGUGACCGCCACUGGUGCCAUUUUCAAUGUGUCGCCCUCGCCCCAGACGGCAGCCAAGACGCUCAUGACCAUUUCCACCGACGGCGUUCUCGAUGCCGAGUCGAUUGCUCCGAUGCCUGUCCUCGAGCUCCUUGUCGACGACUUCUUCACCUAUAUCCACCCCCUCGCGCCGUUUCCCCACGAGCCUACUUUCCGCCAGUCGUUUGCGAACCGCGAGGACCGCACCAAGCCGGAGUUCCUCGGUUUGCUGGCUAGCAUGGUCUGCGCCUUGGUUGCGUCAUUUCCUCGAAGCGCCAGAGAGCACCUCAAGGCCCAGCACAGCACCCACUUGUUCCCCCGAGCUAUCGUCAUGAUUGAAAAAUGUCGUGAGAUUGCGCUGCUCACCCGGGGUAGCAAGUGGCAGCUGAAGCAGCCCAAGACGCUCGACGAUGCCGCGACCAGCUACUUCCUCGGCCUCUCCUCUGGAUACACCCAUCAGUGGAACGCCUCUGGCCAGUUCAUGGCCGAGACGUUGACGCUGGUCCGCGAACUGGGGUUUAACCGCCCUAAACACGCCGGUGACCUGCCGACAUUCGGAAACGACAACUGCUCGCCAGACCCCCUCCCUUUCAACCAUGUCAAGGAUCAGAUUGGCAAGCGCAUCUUUUGGUGUCUUCUUCUUGGUAUCCGCUCAUUCGCACAAUUGGGUGCCUCAACGGCAGAUAUGGUGAUUGCGCCCUCGACACCCAGCCUUCCGUAUCCUGCGUACCCUGAGAAUGUCGAUGAUAUUUGCGUUCUCGCCAAUGAGAUUAUCCACCAGCAAGAUGGCAGUGUCACACUUCUGACGGGGUUCCGAUUCGGCAUCGACAUCUACACUACUAUGAACGGAGUGGUCAGCUUGGAGAUUGCCUACGGGAUGAGUACCCUACCUUGGGCAGACCAACGUAUCCUCCUCCGAGACGGCCUGCUCGCAGCCCGAAGCAUCACCGACAACCUACCGCCAGAGCUCCAGCUGGGUAACCACGGUGACGAAGCAGCCACCCUCGCUAGUUUCGAUGAGUCUGGCAUCCAGUACGUUCCCCCGGUCUGGCCCAAUAGCCAGCCGGCCCAUGACCUGCGCAAUGCCAUCAAGCACCACCCAGCACGACGCCGUCACCUUCAAUAUGAGAUCCAGAAGGCCAACAUCUAUGUGUCGCAACUCGCCACGAGAUCAUACUUUGUGGAGCUCUACUUCAACCUGCGCGAUGUCCACCUCGCUGAGCAACAACACGAUCCCCAUCCUGUCGAGGAACAUUCGGAGGAAGAGAAGGCGGCCCAGAACGCCGACGAAAAGGAGAUUUAUGACUUCAUGUCGGAAGAACGAGAGCUCAUCGUGCAACACCUUUUGACUGUCUUGGGAUCGAUUUCGCAGAGGAACCUCGAGCCAAAUGGCGGGUCUCUGAUCAACAAGAUCCGCCAAGUGGCGUCGACGUUGCUCAACGACGCACCUGAGCGCAAGGGCCCGCUUGCCAUGAAGUCGGAAGGGGCGCUGUCGCAGCUCAUCAACAUUUUGAUGAAGCUUGAGAAGUCAGGUGCUAGCGGUCCAUCCGCUCCUGAGUCAGGAGACCCCAGCCAGAUGACGCAAGAGGACGAGGAGGAGGAGUUGGCGCUCUGGGCGGACCUUCGAGAGUACCAGCUGCAGUUUGCGGCUCAUGGAGGAUUUCCUGGAAACCUGUGA